AUGAUAACAAUUAAGCUCUCUAAAAAGGAGUUGGAUAUCAAAAAUAUUGGGUACCAACUACCAUUACCAGCUGAUCAGGUGAAGGUGUCAACUAAGCUUGAGUAUAAAGGAGAUGGAUCUGCCGCUAGUCAAAGAAGAGGUCGAGGUGGCAGAGGGCGGAGGAUGUCAAGAGCCACAUCUGGAAAUGGUUUUGCAUCUACUGAGCAUGAGGAUGGAAGUUAUGGGUGGAAUCGCGGGUACCCCAGGGGUAGGGGGCGAGGCAGAGGUCGCAAUUUCCGUGGCCGUGGGAGGGGAGGGUACAAUGGUCCGCUGGUAGAAAUUCAGCGUGACAGUGAGGCUAUAAUCAGGAACCAUCAGUUCGAGGUCGUGGCUUCUCGUCUAAUGGCCAAUCCAUGCUACAGCUGGAGUUACUUAGUUCAAACUUGGAGCAAUGAGGACAUAAUCUUCUGUGAGCUUAGAUAA